AUGAAAAAUGAAAAAACUUGUAGUAAUAAAGGUGUACUUAAAAAGAGGAAAAAAAUAAAGGAAGAGUUUGUUGAAAUAAUUAUUUAUAACAUUUUGUCCUUAAUAAUUGUUAAUUCCGAAUUAAAUAAAAAGCAUUUUAAUAAUAAAAUUAUAGAUACCAUUGUUGUAAAAAAUAUUAAUUUUAUUUUAAACAACCUUUCUAUGUUAUCUUUUGGGAACAUUCAAAAAUUAUUAUUUAUCAUUGAUUUAAUAUUGAAUGAUGAAGGUAUAUAUUAUAAAUUCAACAAAUUUGGCACAAGGGAAAAUAUACAAAGUAUUAAUAAUAACAAUAUCUGCAGCACUAGCGCUACUACUACAAAACUUAAAAAUGGGAAGUUAACAAAAAAGGACACACAAGGACAUGUAAAUGAAACUACUACUAUAAAUUUUAUGGAUACAUAUAGCAUAAAUAAUUACAUUAAGGAUAUUUUUAUUUAUGUAGAAGAUAGAAAUGUUUAUUUAAGCAUAUUUCAUUUUAAUUAUAUAUUUAAAAAUAAUGAAGAUUAUCAAAAGUCUUUUUUAAAAAGAUAUGAGAACUAUUCUUUUAGAGAAUUUUUCACGGAUAUAAUGAAAAUACGUAAAAGAACAAAUAUGGAUAGGUACUUACUAUACAUUAAAAAAAAAAAUUAUAUACAUUUGUAUGAAUCGUUAGUAAAAUAUCAUAAAGAUAAUUUUAAUUUAUUAGGUAAGGCACAUAAAGAUGAUGAACUGUCAUCUUCAUUAAGUGAUUACACAAGCUCAUCAUCAGUGAAUAAUGGCACUGCUACGGCUACUACUACUGCUACUACUACUGCUGCUACUACUGCUACUACUACUGCUGCUACUACUGCUGCUACUACUGCUACUACUACUGCUACUACUACUGCUACUACUACUGCUGCUACUACUACUGCUACUACUGCUGCUACUACUGCUACUGCUGCUGCUACUUCUACUACUGCUGCUACUACUGCUACUGCUGCUGCUACUACUACUGCUACUUCUACAGCUACUGUUACUUUCGCUGCCGCUCGUACUACUACGAUACACGAAACUAAAGUAAAUAAUGAGAUACGCUCGUUUAAACUAACCAGAACUGGAAAGGACGUAAAUUUUAAAAAUGAAGAUAAUUAUAAAAACAAAAGGGAAAGUACAACGAAAAGCAUGGAUGAAUAUAUUGAGUAUAAUAUUAUAACAAAAGAGAAAAUUAAAAAAUUAUAUAUAUAUAAAAGAAAAAAAUGGAGUUUAAUAAUGAAUAAUAAUUUUAUUAAUAAGCAAUGUUAUGUGCCUGUAAACUUAUUUCCUAAUAGCAAUAUACACAUAGCUAAUAUAAAAUUUCAAACAUUAUCAGCUAGUAUACUUAUAAAAGUACAUAUAUUAUUCCUAUAUACAAAUAUUAUAAUAUUCUUUAAUUUAUUUAAUUCUUCUCUCUACCUAUGGGUAUACAAAUUCAUAUCUUUUCUUUUAAAUGUUCUUAAUAAUUUUAAUCAGAAAUGUUACUACUAUUUAGAUAACUCACAAAUCAUAUCUCAUUUUAAUAUUGAAAAUUUACUUAUAUUAAAUAAGAAUACAUGGCAGCAUAAGUUCAUAACAAAGGUUAAUAAUUUAAAUACUGAAAGAACCUACAUUUUAAAAAAGUUCUUUGAGAAAUAUAGAAAACAAGAUAUUAAAAUAAAUAUUAAUUUUCCUUAUUCCAGUUGUGGCAACAUAGAAAUUUAUGAUAAGCGCAAAAAUGCAAAUACAGAAAAAUUAUAUUUUCAUCACUUUGUUUCUAUGCAAAUUUUGAAAUAUUAUUCCAUUUGGUCCUUACUAGAAAUUGAAAAUUUUUAUAAAGGUAUUUUAUCAUGUUUGCUAGGAAAUAUGUAUAAUCAAACAGUCACUAACAUAUGCAAAUAUCAAAGAAAAGGGAACCAUUAUGAUGUUUUUUUAACAAAUAAGAACAAUGUGGAAUUUAGAAAUAGGGAACAAUUUGAAAAUAACAACAUCGAUUUAUAUCUUUUAAUUAAUGAAAUGAAAAAGAUGCUUAGUAGUAAUAGCAGUGAAGAUAUAGUAGUGAAAUCUUUGACUUACCUUUAUUUUUUUAUUUUGUUUAAUUACGUAAAUAUUUUGAUAGAACAUUCUACCACUGAUAAUUGCAAUAUGAAGAAUGACACUACUUCACCUACCCUUAGUCAAACGAAUGGAAAUAAUAAAGAUCAUAAUACAUAUAAUAACCAUGCGUUUUAUACAAGCAAUCAUUCAGACGGAAAAACAGAAGUAAAGAAUGGCAACGAUAUAGUUAAUAUAACAAAUGAUAUUAAUUUCUUUGUAAGUGAAAAUAAUGUAAGGCUAGAACUGCAGGAAUUUCGAACAAGUACAUUUAUAAUAGAAAGAAUUAAAAAAAAUUAUUAUUUCAAGGGGAGUUUAAUUACCAUGCCUUUCUAUGUAAAUAUGAACUUAUCUCAUUUUUUGUUUCAAGUUGAUGACACAAAAAGUAAUAAUUGGGAUAGCUCGUACAGAAUUAAUGGUGUAGCGAAUGGUGUAGCGAAUGGUGUAGCGAAUGGUGUAGCGAAUGGUGUAUCGAAUGGUGUAGCGAAUGGUGUAUCGAAUGGUGUAGCGAAUGGUUUAGGGAAUGAUAUAACAAAUGGCAUGACAAAUAGCAUAACAGAUGACAUAACAAAUGGCAUAGCUGGUAACGAAGCAUAUGGCGAAUUAAACGAUGACCCUGUUAAUAAUAGCAAAAAGGAAAAGGGAAAAAGAUUCUCACACAUAACAGCAAAUUUCAAAAAAUUAAUACAAAACAAUAUACAAAAUGCCUUAAGUAACAAUGUCGAGCUAAUUUUUCAUUUUAGUUCCUACCUAACAUUUUUUGUAGAUGAUUUCGUUGAUAUAUUAAAAAAGUAUAAUUAUUUUUUGUAUGCAUAUAACAGUUACCAUUUUGCUAUAAGUUUAAAAUGUGUGUACCUCUUAUAUGAAAAUCUCAGAGAGGAUCUUAUCAACGAAAUAUAUGAUAAAGUAAUAUUCGUUAUUAAAAAUAAUUGUUACAUUGAUAUUAGUAAAAUAAUCAUAAUAUAUAUUUUUACAUUUUUUUUAAAUAAGAAAUAUGUUGUGAAAUUAUGUGAAAAGGAUAUAAGUGCAUUUUUCCCCAAUAUUUCUGAUUCCAAAGAUUUAGCACUUGUUAAAUAUUAUUUCAUUUUAAAAUUUAUACAUCAUAAAAAUAUUACGAUAAGAUUAUUAGAUAUAUAUAAUAACUUAUUCAAAUAUUAUAACUAUGAAAUAGUGCAGUGUUCAGGCGAAUGCAUGUACACAUUCAGUAGACGUUACCAUAAUAGUAUAGUAAUAAAUAGGGGGAAAAAAAAAAAUGCUAUCGAUAAUUCAGGUAAUAAUAAAAGUGGGGCCAUAAAAGGAAUUUUUCAUAAUGAAGAAUAUUCUAUCAAUGAACAAGCAACAUAUUGGAAAAAAGAAUGCAUGCAAUGUGUUUAUAAGGACAUAUAUUCUAAUAACAUAAAUGAAGAAAACAUUAGAUGCAUAAAACAAACUACAAAUUGUUGUCAUAACGUACUAAACGAUGUUUCAUUAGCUCAUAUGUGUAAGAGCAGUUGUAAAGAAACAGGUUUUCUCACGAAAUACAACAUGAACACAACUUUUUAUUCAUCGAAUUUAAUGAACAGCAAAGGAACAGAAAACAUUUUAGGAGAAAAGAACUUGGCGUAUUAUAUUUACAAUUUUUUAAAAAAAAAAAAGGCAAAAAUGGGAAAAUACUUCAAUAUUAACAAAUCAUUACAUCUUCCUGUUAUUAUACAUGACAAUGACAGGUUAAGAACUUUCAGCGGAAAAAACGCCCCUAAUUCAUUUGACUCGUUUUAUCCAUUUGAUCAUCUAUUAGAGGAGUACAGCAAAAAUAGUGAAGAUGAUUUACCUGUUCUAUAUUCUACUGAGAAUUGUAUACACUUAAAAAAAAUAUAUUUUUUAAUAUUUUCUUAUUAUGUCGUAAAGUAUUACAACAGGUAUUUUCACAUUAAAACCAUUCUACGCACCAUGGUGUACAACGUCUUACCAUUUAAUAUGAACGAAUUAAAUAUUAUAUUUCUUAUGUUACAUUUCUUAUAUGAAAAACAGGAAGUCGCAUUAUUUUGCUUUCUUCAAAAUGAUAUAUUAAAUACUAUAUCAAAAAUACGCCCAAAGUAUAAAGUUAUAAACUUUUUAGUAUUUUUAUUUUACCUUGUAAAAAUAAAGUAUGCAAAUACAAAGUUUAUUACGAAAAUGCUAAGCAACGUUUUAAGUAUAUAUAAAUUUUCCAUAAAAGUUUAUAUGGUCAUAAUCAAAAUUAUAAAGAGAAUUAUACAGCAUCACAAUAUUUUUGUUAAUUAUAAAUAUAUGAUAGAAAUUUUAAAAUCUAUUAAGGAGAACAACAAUCAAUAUUUACAUAAUGUUAGUAUGUACUAUAUUAACAUAAUUGAAAAUAAAAUUUCUUAUAUGGAAUUUGAUCAAUUUAACAUGCAAAGUAAUAAUUUUUGUUUAGAUUUACCUAAGGUAAUAGAACCCAUACGUAAUAAUUCUAAAAAUGGUGAAAACACAUUAUUGGGUAAAUUUUUGCCACAAUCAAAGCAUGCAGAAUUAAAAUAUACAGGUAAAUAUGUCAAGUCGAAUUUUAUAAAGUUAACAUUUUAUAAAUUAGACAGAAAAAAUUCUCUAUCCUUAGAUGAUAAUAGUUGUGCUAUUUUUUAUUCUCAAAGUGAUAAAAUGGAGGAGAAUGAAAAGAGAAAAAAUGAGUUUAUAUUACGUAAAUAUUAUAAUUAUAAUGAUUUUAAUUCUAAAUUAUUUUUCAGCAUAUACAACGAUAACACAUAUCAUGUGAAAAAAUAUUAUAAUUACAUUGUAAACAACGAUCAUAAUAUUUAUUUCCCAUUUAUUUUGAAAUACAAUCAUUGGACAAACAAAAAAAUUGUAAGUGAAGAGAAGAGAGAAAAUAUUGCAUGUGAAAAGAAGAGAAUAAACUUGACAAGUGAAGAGAGUAAGGUAAUCAUGACUAGCGGGGAAAAAAAAAUGAAAAAAAAAAAAUUAUUUUGUCUGAACAUUUUUUUUCUGCACAAGGCCGAUUUUGUUAACAUGCACAAUGUGUACAUUCCAUACAUAGAAUUGGGUGAUAAAAGAAGUUCUAAUAGUAAUAAUAGAAAUAACAAUGAUAAUUAUAACGUGCACAUGAAUCGUUGUAGUAAAAAAGUAAAUAGGACAAAUCAUAAAAGCGGACACAAUAAUGAGCAAAUAAAUAUGGAGUUAUUAUCAUUAUUACGAAGAGCAUUCAGAAGAAGGAAAGUAUUUACCUUAAAAAAAAAUAAAUUUUAUAUAUCUCCAUACAGUUAUAAACUCCACAAAGUAAAAAUAAAGAGAAUAGUAACCUGCUUAAUUAGACAUAUAAAAGAAAAUAAAGGCAAAAAACAAGCUUUUCGCGAACAUGGACAUGAAUUAAAUGAAGAAUGGAAUAAAUUCGAAAUUAACAAUAUAAACAACACUAGUGAAACUAGUAAGAUUAACGGAAUUAACAAGUCAAGCAAAAUUAACAAAACUUGUAAAGUUAACAAAAUGAGCAAAAUUAACAAAUUUAACAAAAAGGAACGUAUGAAUAUACAUGGAACACAUUUUUCCAAUUUCGUAGAGUUAAAAAAAGACAUAGUUAAGAAAGAAAUAUACAAAACAACUUACAAAUUAAAAAAUAGCCUUUUUAUAUUAAGAGAGAAAAAUAAUAUAAAAAAAAAUAAUCCUAGUGUUAACUUAUGUAAAAAUAAAAGAACAAAAUGUAUGAAUGAAUACAAGAUAUUACUUAAAAUAGGAGUGAACUUAUUGAUUACUACAAAAUUUUAUGCAUAUAUAGUUUAUUUAAAUAGGAAAAAUAAAACUUUUAAAAGGUUCUUAGGUAAAUAUAAUAUAAAUUUUAGUGAUUUCUUUUUACCAUUUAAAGCAUGUCCCCAAUACUGGAAAUUCAUUUUUGAGGAUGUAUGGAAUGGUAAAACAGGUAAAAUGUUCAAGUCUGCUAAAUAUCUAAAUAUUAUAUCAAGCAAGGUUUUGAAUAUAAUUCAUAAAAAAUUACAGCCCUUUUUAAUUAAUGAAAAUCCUAACAUAAAAAAUGUAUACAUAUACAAUUCACCUAAAUUUAAUAUGCACAUAGAAAAGAAUUACUGUUUAAAUGACAAAUAUUAUGCUUAUGAUAUAAACAAAUACUGCAGAAUUAAUAGCCACAUAAUCGAUGAAUUCUAUAUUGACAAUUAUUCCCUCUGUUCAUCUGACACUGAUGUAGAGAAUAAUUCAAAUAUAAAUAAAAAUAAAAACAAAAAGUGCACUACGAAUACUACUGUAACUACUACUACCACUACUAGCAGUAACAGUAAUAAAGUUGCAAUAAAAAAAAAAGAGAAAAGAAAAUAUAUUCAUACAUACUAUAAGCCGAAACGUUUGAAUGACAUGUUCUAUAUUAGUUUAACUAGUUCCAAUAAUAAUGAUGAUGUAAUUACAAAUUCAAAAGGAAAGCAGAAUAUUGCAGAAAAAAAAGAAAAAAAAAGAGAAAAUAAUAAAAACGAAUCUGAGACUACAAUAUAUUAUAAUGAACAGUCUUCAUUUGUUAAGCAAUAUAUGAAAUACAAAUUUUCUCUUAAUGUAUAUAAUGAAAUCAUAGGAAUGAAAUUGAAAAGGAACAAAAACAUUAGAUUAACAAGUAGUAAUAGUGCGAAAUACAAAUUAAAUAAAAAAAUACUUACAAAAAAUAUUUAUUCCAAGUGUAAAAAAAAUUAUUACUUAAUGAGCAAGGGGGGAAAAAAAAGUCAAAAAAGCAGCAAUAUUAGUAUAAACUAUGAUGUUAUCAACAAAUUUGUAGGAAUAUUUCUGCCUCCAAAACAUCAUUUACUAAUGGUUUUUCAUAUAUAUGAAAAAUCAACAAUGGUUCAAAUACGCACGGAUAACCUGAACGUUCUCAAUUACUUGAAUUCCUUUUUUGAUGAAUGUAACUUUUAUGCGCGUUUAUGCACACAAAUAUAG